GUGCAUUAUAAUACACAUAAUUUAUUAGAAAUGUUUCCAUAAUCAAAAUCUGUAGAUUCCAUGGAAAUCAUAUGGGAGAGUUGGAAAAGCUCUCUGCCCUCCGCUACGCCGUCUCGACAUGAGGGAUGGUAUGGCAAACCAUGAACGUUUCCGUUUUGAAAACUAGACAGCCCAGAAGCACUGCAAGGAACUUUGUACUUGCGUUACCACAGCUCACGUUCAUCAAAAGAGAUAUCAGAAGAGUAUCAUAAAUUAAAGUUUAUCAACUCCUCCAGGAAGCUCACGCCUGUCUUUGGUAUACAUCGUGGCUUGAAACGGUUGUAAAGGAACAUUUGGUCGAAAUCUCAGGUGGAAAAGUUUACCCGAGUGUAGAUUCAUAACUUAUUGAAAGUGUCGAAAGUAAAAUUAGGGCAUCGAAAGGAGGUCUUCCUAAUGUAAAUGAAGAGCGCGAUGAGCCUUCUCUUUCUUCCGUCAACACUUAGUAUUCUCUGAAAAAGAAGAGCGGAAGUAAAGAUCAAGGCGUUGGAAAAGGAGUUGCAUAUGCAACAAAAACAGCUGGAAGGCUUUUUCAAAAGUAAUCACUUUCAAAGUUUUGGGUUUCUUUCCUACAUCCACACAAUCACAAUCAACUGCACUAAACCUGCAGCUGAAACUAGCGAAAGUGCAUUGAGUAGGCGAGUUGAAUCACACGAGGAGGUACUUCAACGCGCAAAUAGGCUCGGAGACAUCUUUGGUCCUCGUGGCUAUUAUGAGAUCGAGAAAGGGGGAGGAGGAGAGCACGAGUGUUGACAUUCGCCGAAUCUCAGGGUUGAUUUUGGCUCGCUUUAUUCAUGAUAAGCUCAUGUAGUGACAGGAGGGAGUUCAACUUGACAUCUCCAACCGAACCACCCCGUUUAAUUUAAUCCUUCUAUGAUGUCUGACGACCUCAAUCCGGCGAGAGGUAAUGCAGGUAAUGUUUUGCUUGAUUUCCUUCAUUUGGAAGGUAUUGGCACUUUUACAACCCCCCCAACGGGAAGCGCACAUAGCGGUUUUGCUGUAAGCAUUGAACAUUUGUAUAGGGCGUUUCCUAUGGUGGAGCAUGAUGGGACCAAACCACUUGAAA